AGCGGAAUAUCUCACAACUUCAUCAUGGAUGGAUUAACGGCUACGUGUUGACUCCGUCGUUUGGCUUUUUUUUAAGUUAAAUACAGAUGAGCGUGGCCAUGUCGUGGCUGCUGUGGGUGUGGAUCAGUGUGACAGUCAUGUGGGAGUGUGAUGCUACCUUCUACGAGACCAUCCAGCAGCACCUGGCACCACCUGGAACCAACAUCCAGAUCCUCGAAGGAGGGACAUGCGAGGUGAUCGCCGCGCACAGAUGCUGUAACAAGAACAAGAUUGAGGAGCGAUCACAAACAGUCAAGUGUUCCUGUUUACCAGGAAAAGUGGCGGGAACCACGCGGAAUAAACCCUCCUGUGUGGAUGCCUCUAUUGUAGUGGGAAAGUGGUGGUGUGAGAUGGAACCAUGUCUGGAGGGAGAAGAGUGCAAGACUCUGCCAGACAACUCGGGCUGGAUGUGCUACUCCGGGAACAAGAUCAAAACCACCAGGAACACUCAUCCGUAUUCAUCAUUGUAGCAGUGGGUUCAGCUCAGCGCAAAACAAGGGGAGCAAGAGGUCAUCAGUGAAAGAAAUUCCUUCAGUGCAAGAGAGUUUGUGAACUUUAACCCUGUGUCGGCUGUUUCAGUGUUUGGCUUGCUACCAAAUGACGUGAACAUUUGGCUGACUAUGGAAGUAAUUUCCCGUGGACACUUUUACAUUCAUUUAUUCUUUUAAUUUGAACGUUUUGCUUUGUGCUGGUAAAACUGCUGUCAAACUGAGACUUAUCCUGCUCGUUUCAUUCCCUCAAACCAGAUUUCACUUCCUUCAUGACGUUUCUUCUGAUUCCUGUUUGCAGACUGGACUGAGCUAGCAAACUCACCAACGGUGAUUAAUAGUGUGUUUAUCUAAAAAGGAAGACUUUUCAGAAGAGUAAGCAAAGCAUCAUCAGGAAUCCCUGUGGAAACCUAUUUCCUGCCAUUAAAACCAACAGCGAAGAACAUUUAUUACGUAUUACACAUUGUUGAUGUCUGAAAAUGUUAUGAUCGUAAGCGGAGACUGAGCAGUUAAAAUCAUCACAGGUACAUCUAAUAUGCAUAUUCCUUUAUUUAAAAUUGUAAAUCUGAAAGCACA